AUGAAACGUUGGAAAAGGAGAGGGAAGAUGGCCACCGUGGGGCCUUUGUAUCAACCCCCGGACCUGGUCCCGUUGCUGAUGAGCAUAGUGGCCGUAUUGGUCUCACAACACAUCUUUAACGCAGCCGCACAGAUCCCCGACCCAGAGCUCUUGCCAACAGACCCUCCGAAAAAACCAGACCCGGUCACCUCAGAAACUGUGGUCUUUUGGGGUCUACGCUUAUGGCAGGUUGUGGGCAUUUUCUCCAUGUUCAUCUUAGCAAUUAUAAUAACAUUGUGCUGCAUCUUCAAAUGCCGAAUUCCCCGGACGAAAAAAGAGAUUGAGGCUCGGCACGCACAAAGACUGGCCGCCAAAACGUACGCCAACACCCUGGAGACGGUGCCCCCUCUCAAUGAGCUCACAGAGGUACCGGGAGCUCUUGCGGAAACCUCUGUGCUGCAGACAGUCUCUGAGCAGGUUCAGGCUCGUGGGAGCGGACAACGUCCUGUGGUCAGGGAGGAAGAUGAGCCAGCAAAUACGGUCUCUUAG